CCGUCCCAAGCCCCAUCAUUUUUGGCACGUCUUAGGGAGCGCAAGUGUACAGUGCCUCAGGAUGUCUCGAGCUGUUCAACUUCCAAUUCCCUGCCCUGUUCAACUUGGCACAGUGAGAAGCGACUCGAUAGAAGCUCAACUGCAUGAAUGUGUUCAACAGGGAAACUACAUCAAAGUGAAAAAAAUUCUAAAAAAACGUGUCCAUGUGGACUCGGUGAAUUCCCUGGGGCAGACGGCGCUCUUCACCGCCGCCUUAUUAGGACUUCCCAAGGUCGUCGAUGUGCUGCUGGACCAUGGAGCCGACCCAAAUCGCCGCUGCUCCGACGGGAGCAGCCCGGUGCACGCAGCCGCCUUCUCGGCCCACCAGGGCAUCCUCAGCAAGCUGCUGGAUGCCGGGGGAGACCUGAGACUCCACGACGAAAACGGAAGAACCCCGCACGCCUGGGCCCUGUCGGCCGCGAAGGACCAGAGCGCCCAGGUGUUGGAGCUGCUGGAGCGGUGCGCGGCGCAGACGCAGGCCCUGGUCCGAGGCUUCCCCCGGGACCUGUUGCGGCGGGUUGAUUGCCCCCAGAGGCUCGUCUGCCCCCAGUCCAGGUUCGCCGGCAUCGUUCAAGGAAACCCCGACAGCUCUGAGAAUAGAUCGCUGCACUCGGGAUUCGUUGCUUCAAAAACCAUAUACAGCUUUGGCUUUGGGAAGUUCUAUUUCCCGGGGGCCACCACCCAGCCGGCCUUUCUCAGCUCGGUGCCGGUCAUCGGAGAGAAAGACGUGGUUCAGGCCGAAGACGAAUCAACCUUCACUUUUGCCAGCGGACCACACAUGACCAUGACAAACUUGAUGUGGAGCGGCACCAGGGUCACCGUGAAGGAGCUCAAUCUGUCGACGCACCCCAACUGUAGUAAGCUGCGCCUGGCCGACCUGCUGAUAGCCGAGCAGGAGUAUAGUAGUAAACUCCGUCAUCCCCAUUUGCUUCAGUUGAUGGCAGUGUGUUUGUCUCACGAUCUGGACAGGACCCGCUUAGUCUACGAAAGGGUUAAUAUCGGUACCUUGUACAGCAUCCUUCAUGAGAGGCGAUCCCAGUUUCCGGCGUUGCAAAUGGAGGUUAUUUUACACUUACUGCUUCAGAUGAACGAUGCCCUGAGAUACUUACACACAAGAGGAUUAAUCCAUCGUUCCCUUAGCUCUUAUGCGAUUCACAUAGUAUCCAUGAGUGAAGCGAGACUCACCAACCUCGAGCAUGCGAUUGAAAGCGAGGACGGAAGAGGUCCCAGGGAUCCAACGGGUAUCCCCCUGCCAACCCAACUGUUCAACUGGGCCGCUCCGGAAGUCAUCUUGCAAGAAGCUGCCACGGUCAAGUCGGACAUCUACAGCUUCUGUGUGAUCGUGCAAGAGAGUUUGACGGAGUCGCUCCCCUGGAACGGUGUAGAAGGCUCAGUCGUCAAAGAGGCCGUCGUCCUGGGGAAUCAUUUGGAAGCAGACGUCAGACUGGCUCAGCCUUACUACGAUAUCGUCAAGACCGGUACACGGGCCAAACCGAAAGACCGCUCCAUGAACCUUCAGGAUAUCCGCUACCUUCUGAAGAACGACUUACAGGAUCUGAUUGAAUCCCAGAAAAUUCAUUCUGCCGAGAGCUCAAAUCUGCAGAGAUGCGAAAUCCACCUGCGAUCGACGUCGAUUAAGCAAAAAGAAGUUCUCAGGCUGCAAGUGGAAGCGAUGAAGGGCCUGGGCCCCCGGCCCAAUUCGCCGAGCCGUCAGUCGGCUCUCACGGAAGAAGCCGUGCUCUGCCACGACGGUAUGAGCGGUAGUCGGACGACCCUGCGGAGCCAAGAUGCCUCAUCUGAGCCCGAGAGGGCUUGCGGUGCCAGUUUGGAAGACGAGAGCCUCCGAAGUUUUGAAAUUAAUGAAGUCUUUUCACGCUACCUAGAGAAUCAGGAAGAGGACUCGGAAGGAUUCUCUCAGUCCGACCGCUCUCGAGGCGACGACGAGAACGGAGCGGGAGACGGCGACGCCGCUUCAGCGGGAGGACCGACCGACACCAGCCGAGGCGACCCGGUCUCGGAAGGAGAGUCGGAGUCGGAGUCGGCCCCAGAAGAGGCCGAGCGACGGAGUCCGCUUGCGGAACCGUCCGGGACGUGGGGGACGGAGGGGGGAGCGAGAGGAGGUGGGGCCGAGAAGUCCAGAAUGGAGCAGUACAUCAGUAAGUCCAUUCUGAACCUGAAGAUCUCCCAGGCCUUAGUCCACCAGGCCACCGAUUCCCUCAGGAACACGGAAUGGAAAAUCGAUCGGCUGGCGGCCGUGCAGAAACACACCGAACUGCUUAGGUCUGUCUCCCAGUCCGCCCCAGGACGGGGCGGCCCCCGCCGCGGUCCCUCCCGGCUACCGGAGGCCGUGGGGCCCCCGACGCCGGAGUACGAUCCUCCGGCCGUGCCGUCCCCCGCCGGACGCGCGGACCCGUCCCGGAGCCCCCCGAAAGCGGCCGGGCAGAGGAGGGCGGCCCGCGGGGUCCGUCUCGGACGUUUCGGCCAACGGUCCGGUCGGGUCCCCGAAGAAGCCUCGGGGGAACGAAGUGAUCGGGAAUUCUACUGUUGUGCAGCGGGAAGGCAGAGAGACGGGACAGAAUUAUUAUGCUAUAAAGGAGAGGAUGGCCAUUCUGUAGGAGGUCGAAGCCAAGGCUACGUGAGGCCCACCGUGGAAUUUCUACCUUCCGAGGUCUACGACUCGAGGAUAAGAAGUGCUAGAGACACAGAGCCGCAAUCCAAGUGGACGCGGGAGGUGAAAGAGAUGGCCGAGAAGGCGGCCUGCGGGCAGUUAGGAAUCCUUCCUCGGUACCGUCCCGGUGACUCCACGUCGGAGAGCGAGAUGGAGCCCGACACUGAGGCUGAGCGGCAGCCGGCUUCUAGAGCCCAAGACUGGGCCGACUGGUGGCGGAGAGGCCCCUGCCGGGACCGCCGGAAUGGUGGCCGCGAUGAAGGAGGAGCCUCGGAGGCAGAUACCGAAGAAGAGGACGAAUUCAAGCGGCCCGCCGGACCGAGACCCCAGUCUCCACGGAAGUACGAGUCGGCGGACCUGAGAGCCGCUUUUCAGGAGAGCUGUGGCAGGUCUGCAGACACCGACAAGCUUUCCAGUGAGCAUUUCGAGAAAACUACUUGUUCUCCGGCUUCUUCGGACGAUAUGUCGGAUGAAUUUUUAACUCCCGAUCCAAGUUAUAUGUAUCCCUCUACCACUCGAGAAAAUGUAGGAAAAGCGGCUUUAAGCCUUGAAGAAGAGGAAGAGGGAGAAGAGGAAGAGGGAGAAGAUGAGAAAGAAGAUGAGGAAGAAGAAGAGGAAGAGAAGGACGAGGAGGAGGAAGAAGAGGAGAUGAAAGAGGAGGAAGAUAUGGAAAUCACAAGGGAAAUCUGUAUCAGAAAAGAAACCCCCGGUAACCCAAUGACAGGUGGGAAGAGACGCAGAGUAGCGGAAGGAAUCCCUGGAGAUAAUUCAGACCCGAUGACUAAACUCCAGCCCCCAGCCAUUACAAGUUUUGAAGGCAAACGCGAAGAGACACCGAAAGAAGAAUGGCUCAAAGAGAGGAAGGAAAAGGAAAAAGAAAUCUCCUUUACAGAUAUUCAGGAUUUGUCCAGUAUUUCUGACGAACGAGAUCAUCUUCCCAAGGAAACGCCCUGUAAAACUCCCAGAACGAGCCACGCGCCGACUAGCGUCAGCACCCCACUCAGUCCAGAAGGAACGGAUGCUUCCGCAGGCCAUUAUUUCGAUGACCUGCCUCCCCCAUCCCAGGAACUACUGGAUGAAAUCGCUGCAGAACAGAGCCGUUCGGAAGAUAAAGAAAUCGAGGCCAAGGGAAAAGAUGCCAACGACCUCCGGACGAAGGAAGCCCCAGGCGCUGCAGAAGAGACAGAAAGAGCUCACUCCACCCUUGACGAUGACUUAGAAGGGUGGCUGGGACCAACCGCCGAGAGCGAAGAGAGCCGCCAAGAUCGCUCCGCAAGGGAGACGAGUAUUGAGGAACCCGGAACGGGUGAAACGAAGAACAGAACAGCAGGGAAGGGCCCCGGAGCGGAUGGAGGGAAAGCAGGGAGUCAUUCGGGGAUUUCCGAAGAUGGAGAAGAACACAGACAGAGAAUGUGGCAGCAACUGGGUUGGUCCCAACCCUCCAGGAUAAUCAUCCUGGAUCAGAGUGACAUUUCGGACUGAACGAAAGGCGGUGUCGGAGAAGCUCCCGGCAACGGUUUUUCCUUGUCCCUUUUCUGUGGGCCAGGGCUCUGUGAUCCGCGGCGAUCCUCGUCAGAUAAGUGCUCCCGCAAACACUGAGACUUCCUUCGGAAGUAAUAAUAGAAGGGGUCUGACUAUCCGUUUA